CAGAGUUUCAAAAUUUUCGGAGCUUUACAGUAUAAAUUGUACAAUUGCUUGCUCCAUUGCUUCCGAGUUCCCUAUCUCUCUCCAGAAAUUCGUAGGACACGCUUCCCUUUUCCUUCUCGUGGCACGAAUUCCCUACUUUUCAGUGCACAAACAAACCCAUUUCUUUGGGUUUUCUCUGCGGCGUUACACCCAAAAAGAGGGGUCAGCGAUUCUUAACCUGUACCCUCGGCCAUGGCUUCUUGAGAUCCCCUUCUUUCUCCCUCUCACCCAUGUCUUCAAAACCACUCGAUUUUCUUCUUCUUUCCUCGCCGAAAGAUUGUGUUCGCCUCCUAUAACCGUGCCGCAUUUGUAAGAUAAGGCCUUUUGCAGCGAUCCACAAUGAAGAUUUCGUGUUGGGUCGCGGUGUUUUCGAUCUUUCUUUGCUUAUUCGCAUCUGGGUCCUUCUCAAUUGACGAUUUCAAUAGAGCGUUUCCUAUUGUUGAACCUGACCCCGGUCAUACAAAACUUCGCAUUUCAAAGGAAGGAUUGGAGGCAAUUCAGAGAAUAACAACCCCGAUUGCUGCUGUUGCUGUGAUUGGUCCAUAUCGCUCUGGAAAAUCAUUUCUUCUUAAUCAACUUCUUUCCCUUUCUUGUUAUGAAGGGUUUGGUGUUGGGCACAUGCGUGACACAAAGACAAAAGGGAUUUGGGUAUGGGGAGCCCCGGUAGAAAUGGAAAUUAAUGGAGUAAAGACUUCUGUCUUCUACCUUGAUACUGAAGGAUUUGAAAGUAUUGGGAAGUCAAAUGUAUAUGACGACCGGAUUUUUGCUCUGGCAACAGUAUUGAGUUCGGUGCUUAUCUAUAACCUGCCUGAGACGAUCCGUGAGGCUGAUAUAUCUCGAUUGUCAUUUGCUGUUGAGCUCGCUGAAGAAUUCUAUGGAAGAGUGAAGGGGCAAGAUAUUGCCUUUGAACCUGCUAAGCUGUUGUGGCUUAUCCAGCGUGACUUUCUACAAGGGAAAUCUGUGAAAGAAAUGGUGGAUGAAGCUCUUCGACAAGUUCCUAAUUUUGAUGGGGACAAAAAUAUUGACCAGGUUAACAAGAUCAGGGACUCUUUGGCUAUCAUGGGUGAUAACAGUACAGCUUUUAGCUUACCGCAACCUCAUCUCCAACGGACAAAACUUUGCGACAUGAAAGAUGGUGACCUUGACCCAACUUACGUUAAGAGAAGAGAUCAGCUGAAAGGACUUGUUUCUUCUAUUAUCCGUCCGAAGAUUGUGCAGGGUAAACCUUUAAAUGGGAAGGAGUUUGUAUCUUUUUUGGAACAGAUUCUUGAAGCCUUGAAUAAAGGGGAGAUUCCAUCAACGGGCUCUCUUGUGGAAGUUUUCAAUAAGGGUGUUCUGGAGCGAUGUAUGAAACUAUACAGUGAUAGGAUGGCUAAAUUAAGUUUACCCCUCUCGGAGGAGUCUCUACAAAGAUCUCAUGAAGGUUUUAGAGAAGAAACAAUGAAAGUUUUUGAUGAGCAACAUUUUGGACGGCACCAUGCGAAGAAAUCAGUUGAAAAACUGGAUGAAGAAAUUGAUAAGGUGUAUAAGAACUUUGUUUUGGCAAAUGAAUAUAAAUCUUCAAAGUUGUGUGAGACAUUGUAUACCAAAUGUGAGGACAAGAUGGAUCAACUUCAAGUGCUCAGACUUCCUUCAAUGGCAAAAUUUAAUGCAGGUUUCCUCCAUUGCAACCAAAGUUUUGAGAGGAAGUGUGUUGGACCUUCUAAAAUCAGUUAUGAGCGUAAGAUGAUGAAGAUGAUGGGGAAGUCAAAAUCUCUAUUUAUUAAGGAAUACAACCACAGGCUCUUUAAUUGGUUGGUAGCCUUCUCUCUUGUCAUGGUAGUGGUGGGUCGUUUUCUGAUAAAGUUUAUUUUGAUUGAGAUGGGGGCAUGGAUACUCUUCAUCUUCUUAGAGACAUACACGAGGAUGUUUUGGUCAGCAGAAUCUCUUUAUUACAAUCCGGUUUGGCAUUUUAUUGUAGCAACUUGGGAGGCCCUUGUUUACAGCCCUAUCCUUGAUUUGGACAGGUGGGCUAUUCCCAUUGGUGUUAUCAUCGCGAUGUUGGUUCUUUACUGGCGAUGUUAUGGAAGGAAACAUGGCCCCCGUUCGAUUUUACCUCUGUACAACAAUCACAAAGAUCGGCGGAGAUCAGAGUAGACAAACACUGACUCUGCUUUGAACAUCUGUUUUUUUGUUAAUGUUCAUUGAUAUAUGCUUUGGCGAGCUUUUUUUCCAUUUUGAAUGCGAAGCAUGCCUGGGCACUGGAUUUUUGGCUCUCAUUAGACGUUCUGAGAUGUGAGGACUGAAGAAGUGAAGGAUAAGAUGAGGAUUGGCAAGAUCUACUAUUGUUUGUAACUCUAGCAAUUCCUUGAUUUGUAUCAUCAUCGUCAUCAUUGGUUACGUUGAAUGUGUAUACUUUAAACUGGUUGUUUCUUAGCAGAUUGGGUUGGCAAUAUGGAAUCCAAUUUGAUGAAUAGGAUUUGAAAGUUUCAGCCUCAUGGUAUAGAAUUUUAAAAUUUCUUUUGUAGAUGUAACAUUUCAACUAUUGUGUACUGUUGAAUUAUAUUUUCAAGAGAAUAAUAGAGUAAUUCAGUAUUGCAUUUGAA